UUGGCUGCAUCCAGCUGAGCCUGGGCGGGUUGGAAAAACAGCUUGGUGAAGCGCGGGGUUCCCGGGGCGGCGAUCCUGGUUUUCCUGGACGUCGGGGCUGCCCAGCAUCCUCAAGGAAGGUCAAAAUGGAAGGCCUAUCUGAUGUUGCCUCUUUUUCAACUAAACUUCAAAACACUCUGAUCCAGUAUCAUAACAUUGAAGAAGAGAAGUGGCGAGUUGCCAAGAAAAUGAAAGAUGUAACAGUUUGGAGAAAACCCUCAGAAGAGUUUAAUGGGUAUCUCUACAAAGCCCAAGGUGUUAUGGAUGACAUUUUCAGUAAUGUGAUAGACCACAUACGCCCAGGGCCCAGCCGCUUGUGUUGGGACCCGUUGAUGACUUCACUGGAUAUUUUGGAGCACUUGGAAGAGAAUUGCUGUGUGAUGCGUUACACCACUGCUGGUCAACUUUUAAAUAUUAUUUCCCCAAGAGAGUUUAUUGAUUUCUCCUAUACUGUGGCCUAUGAAGAAGGACUUUUAUCCUGUGGGGUGAGUCUCGACUGGAGUGAAACAAGGCCAGAAUUUGUCCGUGGCUAUAACCAUCCCUGCGGCUGGUUUUGUGUGCCGCUUAAAGACAAUCCAAGCCAGAGUCUUCUGACGGGCUAUAUUCAGACAGAUCUGCGCGGCAUGAUCCCUCAGUCCGCAGUGGAUACAGCAAUGGCAAGCACUUUAACCAACUUCUAUGGAGAUUUGCGAAAAGCUCUACGAAAGGCCUGAUAAGUUGCACUCCCGGGGCUGAGGUCUGUUGAGUCUGUUCUUCCUUCCCUCAGCUGCAUGACCUGUAAAUGUCAUCAGUCCUGCCUGCUGCGCAGCCCGUGGAAACCUGGGCGGUGUUUGGGUUCCAUAGUACAAUCUCGUUUUGUGUGGAAAGUAAAUAACUAUGUAAAUAGGGCAUUUCAGUUUUCAUAAGCUUUCGUUUGCACCUUGUUUGGUUGUGGAAGUCUGUCUAGGACUGGAAAGGAUGAAAUACCAAGAUUUAGAUACAGGUCCUUAGUGUAGUCUAUUCACAAAAGUGAAAUCACCUCAGGAUGGAGUAUUGGCUGCUUGGAAAUUACAAAGUGUGCAAGCACAAUGCUAUUCAUGUUAUUUGGAGCUUUGUGAACAUUUUGUACAAUUUUAAUGAUUCCGAAUGUAAAUGUAUGCUUUACUCUUGGUAUGUUAUGUGAGUUUGCCAAUAGCUUAGACAAGAAGAAAAGUCAUCCAUAGUCUGUAAAGGUAAAUCCAUUGUUCAUUGACUUGUACUAUGUUCUGUAUUAGAAAGACCACAGCGACACGAGAGUAGCCAUUUUUGUAACCAUAGGCAUAGUUAAAUACAGAUUAAUCUUGAUAUCUAGGUAGCAUUCUUCUGUAAAGCCUAUAAAAAUAUACCUGUGUCUGUCUGUGCAUUUAUUCUGGGAGUGAGUGAGAACAGCCAGGUGUAUAUACACUGGUGAUGUCACACUGGGUAGUAGCUGACAUAGGAAACAGCUAGUGGUGCCCCCUCCUCACCAGCAGAAGGUCAUUACUAAAAAGUGAAAUUCAAUGGCUGUUCUACACAUACUUCAUUUUUUAAAAUGUCACUGAACUUGUAGCUUUGGUCUGGAACUGUAACAAAUGCAUCCUCAGAUUCAGCCAGAUGCGUAGAUGCCCUGGUGUGACUAGAAUGAACUAUAUAAAUGGGGCUAUCUUAAGAGAACAUUCCAUCAUGAUUGUGACAUUGAAAACCAUUCUUUGACUUUGGAAUGUUUACCUGGUUUCCUUGUAAAACGGGCAUUUGUGGUGACUCCGUGUCCACUCCCAUCUUUGUAUUUGUGUUUGCAUGAGCCAUUGCACUGUUCAGUGUCGGCUCCUUCUGUGACUUUCUCCUCUCCGCUGCUGUGCUUACGUGUUUCCCUUUCCUUUUGCUGGUUGGUUGGUGGGUGGGUGGGUAGGUGGGUUUGCUUUUUUCUUUCGGUUCUGGAAAGUGAGUAAAGUGAGCUCUGGAAAGAACUGUAGGCAGGCAAGUCUCAAAAAGGCCCACCAAAGUACAUGAUGGUUCAGAUGCCUGAAGGUUUGGUUCAAGUGCAUGGUUUGAUCUGUUUUACAGCAGUUUGUUUUUCCAAGUGCAAAGUCAGUUCUUCCCAUUCAUUUGGACAGUCAAAAGGGAAGCUGGUUUUACACUUUUUAAAAAAAUUUUCUUGUAACUGCUGAUGAAGAUUUUUAUGGAGCGAAAGGACAGCAUCAGCAUAUCUGGUGGAUAGUCUGAGUUUUUAGAUUGAAAGUAGUGCUUCAAGGUCUGCCAACAGUUAUCCCAGAAUCCAGUGUUCUAAGUUUAUUAACUGCUAAGACUCUUGUCUGAAUUCAUUGUAAUGUUUGAACUGCUAAUUUCUUUACUACUUUCUCUUCUGCAAUAGGGAAAGAAAAUGCAGUUGAGAGUGUCCUGUGAAGACUGUUAACUGUUAACUGUGUUGCCUUCUGUAACUUUGCAUGUUUUUAUUGGUGUAGAGGAGGUCCCAUGUAUCCUGUUAUUCUGUCAUGAUAAAAUAGCAACAUCUUGGGUCCGACUUUGUAACGAGACUGGAUACAUGACUGUCAGGGCGAUCAUUGCCUGAGCCAGGGGCCUCUGAGGGUACCACACUUGUCCAGUCUCUCUUAGCUAGUUCCUUUUGUUCUCGUUAGCUUAGAUCUCCAGGGAGAGGGAGCAGGAGCCUAUUGCAAGUGCUGACCCGGUGGAAAUGGUUUCAUUGCCUUUCUGAGCUCCACAGUGGGUUCAGAAAUUAUAUCUGAAUCACCUGAAACUUGUGUGUACUUUUUAUAAAAGGUGGCUUUUUUGAGGUAGACGUUACCAUAAUGUAAGCUGAGGUAUCCAGCUUACCUGUGGUAAAUGUAGAAUUGAAUGAUCUUAAAAACCGCAUUUGAUGAGUUGUACAGCCAUCAUACAGUCCAAUUUCAGAGCAUUUCUGCCACCCAAAAGAUCCUUUGUAUCUGCUCUAUACUCAUCUAACCAGGGUUUAUCCCAGUUGCCAGUGUAGGGAAGGAGAUGAGAAAGAUGGCAUUAGAACUUGUUUCGUUUUGUUUCUGA